AUGGUUUUUGCCCACCGCCAUUCCGAGUGGCUGGAUUUUCUCUACGGCGUGAACCCGGAGCAGGUUCCAGCCGCGCCCGGCAAGAACAGGGCUGCAAGCAGCUUCCUUUUCACGAGCAGAAAUGCACACGACAAGAGCAGCCACUAUGUCACUCACGGUGAUUAUUUCAACAGCUGCAAAAGAGAUUACACCAUCAGUAGAGAAGAACCACACGCAGAGCUGCGAAUCAAGCUAUCCGGCGUCGGUGGUCUUUCUCCGACCUCCGGAACAACAGGGACCUCUAAUUCCGUGUCGGUCCUAGCACUGACCAACGCCUACCGAGCCCCUCCGUUUCUUCGGGCGACGACAGGCAGCCAGAAUGAAGUGGAAGAUGAUGAGGAAGUCGAGGACGACAACGACGGCGCGCCAUCGAACAGACCUCGAACGACAAUGCGCGACUGGCUGCCUACUGUGUUGUUUGGUCUUGGUGUGGUCGAUGCGGCGAGUUUGGCACUGCUUGGCACGACGGCUCCCCGCCCCUGUGACGCUGCGCUGCGAACCUGGCUGGCCGGCAGCGUUUUGUGUGGCUUCCCGGUCUCCUACAUCGUCGCAAAAGUGGCGACCGGCUCGCCAAUGGAUUAUUUUCUCCCGCCCGCGGGAGGAAGCCGCCGCUCUGGGUGGAGCUAUACGCGGUUCCGUCUUCGCAUCACCGGAGUUGCGGGCGGCGAUACUUCCAAGAAAGUAUACACUAUGCGUAGGCUGCUGCUCUGCUAUUCAUCUUCCUUGUGUUGCUGUUACUUAAAUUCAAGAGAGAAAAUGCAAAAGAUGAAAAAGAGAUGAUUCUGAACAGAGAAUGACGUAGGCUCCUGAGUGAUGCGUGGUGCCUGUGCGUGAUCAAUAAAGAAACGAACCGUUCUCGGUUCGUUACAUGGAGUAAUGAUCCCCCUGUCGUUUAUUGCGCUAAUAUGAACAACUUCUGCAGGUCCACUUCGAGUUUUUUCUCCGCGAUUCCCACGGGUGGACGCAUAGUGACCGCGUAAUCGCAUCCGCCGUGCGCGAUCGGGGUCGCACGCACGAAAUCGCGUUUGACCGGCCCUUGCCGUUUGACCGCUAUUUUCUGUGCGUCGGGCGCCGCAGCGGAUCGCCAGCGUCCGCGAACGCGGGACAUAGUGACGACGUUGACCACCGAGGUCACGACCAAACUGCCAUUCCGAUUUCGUGGCGUCUCGAAGGUUGUCGUACCAAGAAGCAGACCACAGCAAAUACUUCGAGCAGAAAUGCAGCGUCUUUUUCUCAGUGGGUGCUGCUUGACGAGCAGCAAAACGCAGGGGAAAAAUUUGCGGAACUUUCAACUUCUCAGCCGGGGGUACUGCCAUACGAGGCUUCGAAGAGAAGGACUGUGACCACAGAGGACUUUGUCUUCAACCGCCAGCGUGCCGCCAACUUUCGUCACGCUUUUGCGGUGGAAACAGCCGCCAGUAUCGGGUCCUUCUUGUGGUUGACGUACGGCAGCACCUUGCUCGCGUCGUCGAAAUUGGGACCCUGCGCCACAAGUUUAGUGCGAAAGUACGCAUUUGCACAGGUCGCCGCAACCUGGGGGUUGAUAAGCGCCUCAUCCCUGUUUCUCAUCAUGACCUCAGUCGCAGCCGUCAUGCUGCAAGCAAACCAGGCCACCGAUCGGGAACAGACGAAGAAACAAUGAAAGAAAAUGCACCUGCACCACUUCCAGACCGUGACGGUCUCGAGUGAGAAUAAAUGCCUACCGAAGCUGUCUUCCAACUGUAAUUAGACCCAUAUGCGGUCUAGGUUUUUUCCGACAUUCUGCGGACACGUAGAUAAGGACACACUCACACCUAUCGCCAAAGAACGAGCACCGAAAGAACCAAUACGUUUUUUGUUUCAAUGAACUUACUUUUCACAACUUUUGUUUCGUUUCAGCAACUCAACUCAAUGUCAAAAUACCUACGAAGCACAACAAGAAAGUAAUGAAUGUACUUUGAAAGCAGACCUGAAUUUGAAUCUCUGUCCCGCGUCUGGCGGCUUUCGCGCACGAGCCAUGAUCGCUGGACGUAUUUCGACAAGAACAGUGUCUAUGCCAGCAGCGUCCAACAUUUCUUUGUUAACGUCGAACCGCGUUUGGAGGACUGACUUCUACUUCAAGCACGCAGGGCU